CGCGCAUCCAUGGAUGCGCCUCGCGAGGCAGUCGUCAAGUGCAUUUCAUCAUUCGCGCUGGACCAGGUCCGAACCUCUCCCCGUCAUAUUUCGACCCAUAGACGACAAGCGCAACACUGCAUUCUUUAUCCUGUAACUUGUACUGUCUGCCCCAUUGCCGUCGCCACCAUGGACGCCGCAGCCAUCGAGGAGGCGAACAAGCUUCGCAUUGCCAAUGGCAUGAAGCCCCUGCCAGUGCCUGGCGCCGCCGCUCCACAGCCCUCCGAGGCGAUUUCCGACGAGGACUUGUCCAGCACUUUCGAGGGGAGGCAGUCGCAGGCCUACGACAACUACAGGCAGUUUCAAGAAGCCGAGGCCGCAAAGAGGAAACGAGAAGAGCGCGUUGAGGCCAUCAAGAAGGCUCGCGAGCUGGAACAGCGCAACCGGGUGCUUGAGGGCAAAGGGCUGGGCGAAGAGGACGAAGGGGGCGACCUCGAUGCCAAGGCCUGGCUCAAGAGCCAAAAGAAGCGACAGAAGAAGAUAGAGCAGGCCAAGAAGGCCGAGGAGGAGCGGGAGAAGUCCGCAGCGGCGGUGGCGGCCGCCAGGGCGCACGAUGCCCGCGACCUGGCUGGCGUCAGGGUCGGCCAUGACAUAUCCACUCUGCUCGACGAUGGGGAGCAGGUUCUGACGCUCAAGGAUACCACAAUUCUCGAGAAUGAGGAUGAGGGUGACGAGCUGGAGAAUAUCGAUCUUCGGGCUCGCGAGAAGCUUACAGAACAGCUUGAUCUGAAAAAGAAGAAGCCAGUAUACGACCCGAGCAACUUUGACGAGACGGGAGAACACAGUAUCUUGGCACAAUACGACGAGGAGAUCUCAGGGAAGAAGAAGAAGGCGUUCACAUUGGACUUCCAGGGUAGCACAGCCGAGUUGGCCGAUAUCCUGGGCGAGCCAAGCGAGAAGCCCAAGGUUGGGAGCGUGAGCCUGGACAUCAUAGACAACCCGGUAUCCGACUACCUUGACGUCUCCGAGAUAAAGAUUAAGAAGCCCAAAAGGAAGAAGAAAUCCAGGUCCACUCGUCAGCGCGCGGUGGAUGACGAUGACUCUCUGCUUCCGGUUGAUGGAUCGGCGGCCCUGGACGACAGCAGCGCAAUGCUGGUAGACUCUGAGCCAACAACCUUUGCCAAGAAGAGAAAGGUCGUCGACGACGAGUUUGUGGACGACGACGAUCUCCAGGCAACUCUAGCAGCACAAAGGCGCGACGCUCUCAAAAAGAGGAAGCGUGUGCGCCCGGAGGAUAUCGCGCGGCAGCUGAAGGAGGAGGCGGAGGCACCCGACGCAGGAGCCGGGGAUGCGCCUAAAGGCCUGGUGAUUGACGAGAUAAGCGAAUUUGUCGGCGCGCUGAAAAAGAGCCAGGUGGAUGAGCGCAAGCCCCGUCCUCAGGCACAGCCGCAAUCCAUGACGGCGAUGGAUGAAGCCUCCGACGAUGAGGAUGUGGAGAUGGAAGGAGCACAACAAGACUCGGAGGCGCUGGCCCCAAAUGUGCUAGAAGACCUGGACACCAUUGGCGUCGACAAGGAGAAGACUGUGGCCCAGGGCAUGGGGGCUACGCUACAGAUCUUGCGCGAGCGUGGCCUCAUCAAAGAGUCUGGGGCGGGAGACCUGAACGACCGCUUCCGUGACCACCAACAGUUCCUGACAGAGAAGAACAGACGACUCGCCAAGAUCGACGAGGACGCUAAGCGCCAGCGUGAGCGAGACCGAGCCAGCGGGCAUCUGGACCGCAUGUCGACAAGGGACCGGGAGGAGUACGCGCGGCAGCAGAACACGCAACGAGAUCUACAGGCAUCUAAGAUAAUGGCUGAGUUGUUCAAGCGCGAGUACACUCCCAACUUUGAUAUUAAGUAUACGGACGAGCACGGGCGCAGGCUGGAUCAGAAGGACGCCUUCAAGCACCUGAGCCACCAGUUCCACGGCAAGGGCAGCGGCAAGGGCAAGACGGACAAGCUGCUCAAGAAGAUCGACGCCGAGAAGCGUCGCGAGGCCCAGGCCAUGCUCGACGAUAGCAAGAAUGCCGGGACGGGCUCAACGCAGCCGAAGCAGCGCAAGGAUGCUGGCGUUCGCCUUGCUUGAUCUUUUGCUGUUCCUUGCAAAGAGGCGUGGCCAGGGCAUCAGCGCCUCGAGCUCUUCUCUGUACCUAGAUAGUCCACCUGAGAAUUUCUAGCGGUUAUAUCGAGUUGAAUAUAGUCGCAAUGGCGCCGUUUGCUGUUGGCGGAACUUCUCUUUUGUCCAGCCGAAUCUCCUGUAAGGUGGUUGUGCAGAAGGUCUGUUUAUCUGUGAAACCAUAACUCUGGGUAUUGGGCUUUUGUGGCCCCUCCCCCUAUAUGCCUUCUUCCACCUGUUCACGUUGC